AUGCCGAUCCGGGAAGUGCCACUGUUCAGCCACACGCCGCCUCCAGAGUCACAGACACAGGCACAGGCACAGGCACAACAAGAGACCUCCACCAAUAGCGACACGCAAUCUACCAGACAAUCCAUCACAAGAGACAACAACGAAUGGUCGACGGUCCAACAACACGCCUCCGCGCCCUCCUCAAUCAAGCACGGCUGGGUCCAUAUGCCGACCUUCCACGUCCCACACCCACACCUCCGCCACCCGCACGUGGACCUCUCGCACUUCUGGCGCAACAGCAAGCCCAGCAGCACCACCACCUCGACAAAGGAGCCCACGGCCGCCAAAGACGCCAACACAGCGCCUCCCCAACCGUACUACCACCUCCCCUACCUCCCCUCCUCCACCCUCUGGCCCACCCACCUCUUCUCCGACCACAACCCCUUCCACUGGAGCAAUCUCGCCCACCACCCCACCGCCACCACCAACACAAAUCCCACCACCGUCAUCUCCCCCCCCCCCCCCUUCACCACCCCACCCGCCGACGUCCGCGCCCUCCCAACACACUACGUCCUGGAGCUCUCCACCCCCGGCCUCUCCCCCAGCAGCAGCAGCAGCAGCACCACCACCACCACCACCACCUCCGCCGUCUCCCUAACCUUCCUCUCCCCGCACACCCUCCUGGUCUCUGGCUCAUUCUCGCGCCGCGCCCUCGCCACCGAUCCGGACGCACAGGACGGCGGCACGCUCUGCCGGACGCCCACGCGGGAGAGCCUUCCGCCGCCACCCGCCGAAAAUCCAGGCCAAGCAAAAACCGCCUCCAAGGCAGGAAAGGAAGGAGAAGCAGCCGAUGACGACGACGACGGAGGGGAGACGGCGCUCCUGCUGAGUGAGCGCGAGGUGGGCGAGUGGCGACGCACGUUCGUGCUGCCGGAGGACGCGCGCCUGGGCUUGGACCCCAGUGGGGAGACCGGGGGCGAUGGGGGCUUGAAGUGGGAGGUUGAGGAUGGGGUGUUGACGAUUUGGGUGCCGAGGGUGAAGAAGCAGUGA